CGGCGAAGGUAACAGCUUAUCUAUCAAAGAGGUGAUGCCGAUUCGAGCGGCCUGCCCUGACGCAUUCUCCGACAUUAUGGCACCUGCACUGUAGAUGCUCGAGGCGGGGAGCAGUGGAGCUCCAUCGCUGAGGGACGCCGUCGCUAUUCAUCUUUAAUCCUGACGACAGAUCUCCUAUAGCUUCCAAGGUUCAGAUGAUGGACGUUCCUUCAGCUUACUUAUGAUUCCUACGAUGAAAAAUCCGAGCACUCAUCUGAUGGCACUCGAGGGUGAAGGCCUCGACAGGCGCCAUGUCGAUUCGGGAGGUGGUGGGGCAAGCCAUGCUUGUACAGUUAAGAGGACGGCUUUCUGCGGGUUCUGCGAAGUAAUCCCGCAAGAUCCCUUUCAUUCCUCCAAGCGCAGUCUGUUUGGUGGUAGCCGGACCGGCGGCAAGCUUCAACCUCUGAAAAAAACCCAGCCCCCUGCAGCACCUGCGAAUGAAGUCCGGGUGCCUCAAGAUGCACUGUCGUCGCCUUCCACUGCUUCCGGCCCGAGGUCGAAGGCUUCCCUGCUCGCUCUGCGCAAAAUCUCUGCUCCUCCCGGUCUAGAUGCUCUUCCGGCUCUCAAGGACUACCCUAGUUAUGGACAAAGCGGACAUAGACCUCCAGUGGACAUGACAUUUCUAGGCGGUGCAGAGUUACGACCAGUGGUAUCGGAACCGCCGUUGAACUUCGAAGGAUCAAGGAGCAAGGAAAUAUGCCAUGCAACCUGGGACAUCUCAGUUGACUCUAGGCAAUCCCUUCAGACCCGGUCUGAAGCCGAUGGCAGAGUGGCUGAAGCAUCAACAAGAGAUGGAAAGCGCAACAUCCCUCAAUCCGAACUGCUAAAUUUUUCUUCGCCUACAUCACUACCUGGUUCAGGAGAAGUUGUGUUGCAGCUCAAGAGCUGUUUGAAGCACAAGGAGCCCCAGGGCUCGGAGCAGGAAGCGUCUCGCUUUGAGGGUGGUGCGGGGCUCGAUUGGCAUGCGCUGACGGUCAAGAACACGCGCAACGCCGCCCUGCUGCAGUCGUCGCCAAGCAAGCUAGGGCUAACAGUACAAGCAUCUUCCGACCCUAUGUUUCCACUGAUACAUCAGAGCAAAGGGGGAACAGGACCUCGCGUUGUCGCGCCUCGCGCGGUGAUGAAAGCCUUAAGCUUUGGCCCUGAUUUUACGACCGACGGCGACGUAACUUCAACGAUCACAUCUACAGCACCAGCACCAGCGCCAUUGUCAAUGUUACCGUCAGCUACUGGCUCCACACCCGCCCCUUCCACCCCUUCUGCGCCGGAGAGUGCAGUGAAUAUCACUGAAGGCCCACCUGUUGUUCUACCAGAAGACGGAGCUUCCGAACUGGAGACUGUGGUAGGCGGGACCGAAUUCUCUCACAUGUCUCUUUCUCCCAUCCUGCCAAGAAUGGAAGAUGCGGAGCCAUCGGUGGCGCAGCACAAGGGUCAUCGCCCCAGCCUUCUAGGGCGGUCUUCCAAUAGACUUAUGGCCAAGUUGACCUCGUUUCGAGGGCAGCCGGAUGGGGCUGGCGGGACCGACGAAGGUGACGGUCAUCUCAGCGACGGCAGGCUGAUACCCCUCAACGAAACGUGCAGCUGCAAAGACUGCACUCCUCGCUUGCUCCACGGCCUUUCUCCCGACUAUGAGAUACCCUUCAGCCGAACGGCAAAAGCCAAAUGGAUUCGCGAUCGGCAAGCAGCUCAAAUCCUUGCUGAGCAGAACAUGGACGCGCAGGAACGCCUUGCACGCCGUGAAGCGAUUCUGCAAGUCAGAGUCAAUUCUCCGGAUAUGGUCAAUAUGUGCGGCAGUGACAUCCUCAGAUUGUCUUCCCCGUCUCCAACACCCCGGCUUCCAGGCAGUUUCGCAUCUAAACAUCCUCUCCCCAGACCCGACGGCAGACCCGCCUUCCCUCUCAAUGACGACGAUGACGGACCCACAGACGAGGUUCCUGUUGCUGAGGAGCUCAAUAGUCAGAGCAUCGAAAUGCCGAACCCUUUCUCUAUUCCACCUCACAAGGUCAAGGCCGACGAGCUGCACAUGAGCCACUCCAAGUCGGAGCUCAUGGUUGAGGAGAAUUCCGCGUCGCCUCCGUCGGCGCCUGUGCAUCCGACGCCUUCGCCUCGGCCCCCUUCCACAAGCCCAACACCUCAGGUUCCUUAUCGAUCUCUGUCGCCGGACGCAUAUGCGUAUCUGCCUCGAAGUCUUACGCCCAACGAGGCCUCACGUGAGGCUUCCGCCGUGGACCAAGCCCUGCGAGCCUCAAUUGAGGCAGAACUCCGCCGCAAGGAGGAGCGAGCCAAGCGGAAAGCCAAGGGCCAAUUGGGCGGAGCCCGCGCUAUGUAUCUGCUGCUCGAUGAGGCUGAAGCACGAGAGCGCGAAGCAUCCAUCGAGCGCGAACGGCUGCGCAAGGAGACUGCUUCUCCAAUUGGAGGUUGCAUCGCCAACAUUGGCUACGAUGACUCGACGCUCAGUAUUACCACAUCGCCGCCACUACGCGGCAAGAGCCCAAGCAUAAUCCAUCGAGGAAUCACACCGCCCGUGCGAGCGUCGUCGCCGCUCAAUCGCAAGUCGUCACCUUUUCAUAUGAAACACAGAAGACAAUCGCUCAGUCAGAGUGCAGCUGACUUUGCCCAGAGGCUGUCUACCCCGUUCCCGGGUCCUGCAUCUUCAAGGCACCUACCGCCUCUCCUGCAGGACGAUGUCAGGAUCAUACGAACAGACUUGCCUGUCGUAUUGUCAUCGAGCGACGUUGCACGCGAGACUGUCGGCGGCGACCCGGAACAAAGUCUCAUGGUACCUUCAGAGGGCAAAGCCUGCCUCUCUCCCAAUUUGCCGACCAUCCGCGAUCGUGAAGUAUCCACCGCUUCAAAUCGAUCAGAUCCUGGCAUCCCAUACCGCCACCCUCCACCGCCAAGACGCCCCGAUAGCACGCCAGUCCACCAAGGAAUCCAAAAGCACGGCUCUUCUGAAACCCCGAAUCAUGCGAACGCGCACGAAACGACGGCUGCAGUUGCAAACGCGCGACCAUUAAGUCCCCCUGUGCCAGGGAAGGUCACAUCCAGCAUCAAAGGGCUGCUCAGCCGACGAAAGUCGAGCAAGCAGUAAAGUGAUGUCGUAAAGUUUUACAAGUGGCCUAGUCGAAAUUCAGACAUGUAAAGCCAAGGUUUGCUGUACUUAUUAUUUGAGCAUUCGAGCAUUCAAUUUGGAGGCCCAUCACUGCGGGCGCAACGCUCCUUUCUU